AGUACAACAUAUACGGAAAACUACACAGCGCCUUAUUCUGCGACAGUAAUUUUCGUGGAUUGUGAAUCAAUCGCUUGGACACCAGCACGUGGUGCUAAACAGGUAGGUUUACAUUCAAUUCGUUGUACUCUAUAUUCGCGGUAUAGCGUUCAAAAUCACGGUCUUCUUCGUAAAAACUCUGAAAAUCAAAUCCACAUCUGGUCUUUCAGUAACUUGGAUGUGAGCACAAAUCUUUCUGGUGUCUAUAAGUUUCCAUUUCUAUUCAUGUUACCUUUGAACUGUGCUCCAAGUUUUGAAGGAUUUUAUGGAUAUAUUCGUUAUAUGGUUAAAGUGGUACUCGAUCGUCCAUGGCGAUUCAACAAAACCGACAAGCGUCUCUUUACUGGUUCGUAUUUUUUAAACUCACAACUAGAUACAGUGCCAUCAUGCUGGACGCCUCAGAUAUGGGUGAUUAAUCUUCAUAAAUGUGUAAUGAACGUGUUCGCUUGUAUUAUUUCGCCCUGUAUUACCGAUACUUCAUAUAUCGUCGACUUUACUCAUAUCAUGACUGCUUUUUUGUUUUGUAUUAUACAUUAUAUAUGUAUACCGGUCUGGAAGGGUGGCUGUACUGCAUGGGUAGAGGCGACCUGCAGUAGAUAUAUGGUCUUUGGUUUGAUCUUACGCCUUAGGCAUACUCUCCAUCUCGCCGAGGUCAACAAUCUGGUAUUGGACGUCUGCGAUGUUGGCAACUCUGGCUUGAUACAUCGGUAA